UCACUCUCAGCCAUGGUCAAAGUCGAAAUUGUAGAGGAGAACAGUCCGUAUGGAUCAGAAGCGGGCUCACGGGCAUCAUCAACGACCUCCCUCUCCUCUGUAGAGUCCGACAUUGACAACGACGAGUCUUUCAUUGACCGUAUUGCUGCCCUUGUCGACAUUGUCCCGCUAACAACACGUCAUGCCAUAUCGGAGCGUGUUUCCAAGUCUGCAUCCCUCAUAAAACGUGGUGGAAAAUUCGCGGGCAACCUUGUUUGGAUAUUGACCACGUCCGCCCUUCUCGUUGCUCUCCCAUUGGCCUUGGUGCUGGAAGACGAAGCCAAGAUUGUUGCACAGGAAAGAGAGCUUUUAGAGCAACAACAAGGUCAACAGCAGAUGUUGGGCCCUUCAAUGUACCCGCCAAAUCCUAACCAGCCCAAAGCUGUUGUACCGCCAGGGUUCUGA